GUGUCUGACUAGAGACGUUCACGGCACCUCGACAUGAUUCAACCGUUGAACAAGUUUAGUUAGUUAUUGACAGUUCUAUUCGUAUAGUUGCUUUUGCUAAGUUUUAUCAAGCGUUAUCUUGAAGUGUGACGGUCAUAGAUAUAUAUGUGACGGUAAAGAAGAUAUUACCUCUGUGAAGGCUAACUACUUUUGGACCAACAGCAACCCUCUUCCUUAGUAACAUUUAAGUUUUAAAACAAUGCUCCGUAGUGUAGUAGAGAACUAGAUGCCCACAAUGAAUCCACGAACCUUGUCACUGAGAGCGCUGCUGUUUCUGGGGCUUUGGCAAACUGGGAGAAGAAGUCUAGCCUCAGCUCCAGAGCUGCAAGAUCAACCCAAAAAGAUAGCUGUGGUCGGAGCAGGCAUUGGUGGCACAGCUGCAGCGUUUUACCUGAGGCAGGAGUUUGGAGCCGGGGUGAAGAUCGAUGUGUUUGAACCUGGCGCUGUUGGCGGACGACUAGCAACAGUGAAGAUAGGAGAUUAUGACUAUGAGACGGGAGGCUCAGUGAUCCAUCCUCUUAACCUACAUAUGAAGCACUUUAUUGAAAAAUUAGGUAUUCCUCCGAGGAAAGAUGUCCCCUCUAAAAUGGCAAUCUUUGAUGGAAAAGAGCUCACGUUUGAAGAGAGUGACUGGUAUAUAGUAAAUGUCUUGCGCAUGCUCUGGAGAUACGGGUUCAACUUUCUCCGACUACAUAUGUGGGUGGAGAGUAUUUUGGACAAAUUUAUGAGGAUCUACCAGUAUCAGCAGUAUGGUUACUCAUUCUCCAGUGUGGAUAGGCUCCUUCAUGCCAUGGGCGGAGAUAGUUUUCUUACCCUGGUGAAUCAGACCACGGAGGAAACAAUGAUGGGCGAAGGAUUUUCGCAGAUCUUCCUCAACGAUAUUGUCACACCUGUCACUCGUGUCAACUAUGGCCAAAGUGUCCGCAUCAACGGCUUCGUGGGGGCAGUGUCAUUAGCAGGAGCAGAUUCAGGCCUGUGGGCAGUGGACGGAGGAAAUAAGAGAGUGUGCUCAGGACUGCUGUACCACAGCAAAAGUGAGCUCAUCCCUGCCAGAGUGACUUCCAUUUUAGUCAAAGUUCGACCAUCAAAGACAGGAACCACAACCAGUUUCUAUGAGGUUAAUUAUGUUGGAGAAUCAGGCCCAGCACACUCUCUGUAUGACAUAGUAAUAAUAGCAACACCGCUUCACCAGGGAAAGUCUGACAUCACGUUCUCAGGCUUCUCCCCUCCAAUCCCAUCUCAUUACCCCGGACGUUACCACCAGACUGUCUCCACUCUGGUCCACGGCAUGCUGAACGUGUCCUACCUCGGGACCACAGAGCCAGCCUCAGAGUUCACUGUGUCUGACGUCCUCACCACAGACUCAAAGGACUCCGUCAUCAACAGCCUGAGCUCUAUUGACCCUGUGUACAUCCCUCAGGGUUACAAGCGACCCCCUGCCAGCCAGACCAAAGUCUGGAAGGUGUUCUCCCCAAAGCCGCUGUCCCAGGAGCAGAUGAAGAGCAUUUUCCUCUCCUGGGAUUCAGUGUCGGAGACUAAGUGGCUGGCUUAUCCUUCUUACCAUCCACCGCACCGUAAGACUCCUCCGUUCAUCCUGCACAACCGCCUGUACUACCUCAACGCUGUGGAGUGGGCGGCAAGCGCCAUGGAGAUGAGUGCCAUUUCUGCCAGGAAUGUGGCCCUGCUGGCACACCACCGCUGGCACCAACAGGUCAGCAAGAUCGACCAAGAAGACCUGCACACCAGACUAAGAGGGGAACUCUGAAGAGGGAGAACUCUGACCCCUUUAAAGUGCCCAUAUUAUGCUCAUUUUCAGGUUCAUAAUUGUAUUUUGAGGUUUUACCAGAAUAGGUUUA